GUUGCACAGAUCUAUCAAAGCAUCGAGUUCACCCGCCUGGCCUCCCUGGUUCCCUUUGUGGACGCCUUCCAGCUGGAGCGCUCCAUUGUGGAUGCUGCCCGCCACUGUGAUCUGCAGGUCCGUAUAGACCACACCUCUCGAAAUCUGAGCUUUGGCUCCGACCUGAACUACUCGACCAAAGAAGACGCCCCUGUUGGUCCAUUCCUGCAGAACAUGCCAUCAGCGCAGAUAAGGAACCAGCUGACUGCCAUGUCUUCUUCUCUGGCUAAGGCCGUCCAGGUUAUCAAGCCUGCCUCCAUCCUGCAAGAGCGCGAGGAGCAGAGCCAGCUGGCAAUGGCUGCCUAUCUGAAAAACGCACGCAAGGAUCACCAGCGCAUACUGGCUCGCAGACAGACCAUCGAAGAGCGUAAGGAACGCCUGGAGAGCCUGAACAUUGCGCGUGAGAAGGAGGAGCUGGAGCUGCGUGAAGCUGAGAUGCAGAAGGUUCGCAAGGCCGAGGAGGAGCGACUGCGCCAGGAAGCCAAAGAGAGGGAGAAGGAGCGCAUCAUGCAAGAGCACGAGCUGAUCAAGAAGAAGACAGUCCGUGAGCGGCUGGAGCAGAUCAAGAAGACCGAGCUUGGAGCCAAGGCCUUCAAGGAUAUUGAUAUUGAGGACCUCGAGGAGCUGGACCCUGACUUCAUCAUGGCCAAACAGGUGGAGCAGCUGGAGAAGGAGAAGAGGGAACUCCAGGAGCGCCUGAAGAACCAGGAGAAAAAGAUUGACUACUUUGAGAGGGCCAAACGUCUGGAGGAGAUUCCUCUCAUCAAACAGGCUUAUGAGGAGCAGCGAAUCAAGGACAUGGAACUAUGGGAGCUCCAGGAGGAGGAUAGGAUCAGUAACAUGGAAGUCGAGCGGGAGAAGGCUCUGGAGCACAAGAAGCGCAUGUCCAGGAUGAUGGAGGACAAAGAAAGCUUCUUGGGCAAAAUAACUGCUGCUCGUAGCUGUGUCUAUGAGGUAAGACUUACCCCGUCCACACAGCGGUCCGACUUCCCCGCUGACAUCGUCGCUCCCUGCCGCCUACAGCCGGUUGCUAUCAAGCUAGCUAACAAAUUAGUAUGCUGGUCACCCGGCUCCCACUCUGCAUCAGGCUGUCAGCCCCUCCUACGAUUCUCCUCUGGAAACCACUGGAAUUAUUCUCCUGAUAUGCUGUGGAUUAUCCUUCUGAUUUUACCUGGACUCACACCACUCCUUCUUCCACGGUCACCCGGCUCCUGGUCUCUGCUGCCCGGGUCCCCAGCAUUAGCUAGCCCCGUGCUAGUGCCACUUCACCGGAUCAUGCCGCCGCUCUACUCCCUGUCAGAUCUCCACUCCUUUAAUAACCGCCUGCCUCCGGACUGCAUGAACAUCCUCGCAGAUAAUAAAAUACUCUGCAAACGCCGUCCUCCACACAGAGGCUCUGGCC